AUGGAGGUGACCACCGUCUCUUCUACUCAAGGAGAUGACAAGUAUGUGGCACCAAGCGGCAAUCAGAAGUGUGUGAAAACUGGUGUUAGGCAUUUGAUUGUUGGUGGCAUGGAUUUUUAUGGUAAGUGUAGUUUUUGUAUCGAACAUUUUGUUGACAAGGCUAAGGAGACCAGCCUCGAGGGGUCUCCAAGGUCUCCUUAA